AUGUAUGGCCGGUACACCAGGGACCUGGGCGAGUACAUCAAGGCGGAAGCGCGGCGCCUCAAGCGCCUGGAGAAGCAGCGGAAGCGGGAAGAGAAGCAGCGGACGAAGGAGUUGCGGAAGUACCGGGGCAAGUGGGCCACCCGUCUCCUGGCCGUCGUGUCGUUCGUCUGGCGCAACACGUUUGCCCGUCUGGGCGAGGACUGGGUCUUCCUCGCUGUCCUGGGCCUCAUCAUGGCCGUCAUCUCGUUUUGCGUCGAGUACCUCGUCGGCCUGUGCAACAAGGCCCGACUUUGGCUUUACAAGGACCUGGUGAGCCACCCGGUGCUGCAGUUCAUGGCCUGGGUCUCCUUCCCGCUCUUCCUCAUCCUCUUCAGCGUCGGCUUCACCCACAUCGUGUCCCGCCAGGCCUCCGGGUCCGGCAUUCCCGAAAUGAAGACCAUUCUCCGCGGCGUGGCCCUCAAGGAGUACCUCACGUUCCGCACGCUGGUGGCCAAAGUCGUCGGCCUCACCGCCACUCUCGGCGCCGGCAUGCCCCUGGGCAAAGAAGGGCCCUUUGUCCACAUUGCGUCCAUCGUCGCCACGCUGCUCGGCAAACUCGUCACGUCCUUCAAGGGCAUCUACAAGAACGAGCGGCGGAACACGGAGAUGUUGGCGGCUGCCUGCGCCGUCGGAGUCGCCUGCACGUUUUCCGCGCCCAUCGGCGGCGUUUUGUUCAGCAUCGAAGUCACGGCGGUGUAUUUUGCCGUGCGGAAUUAUUGGCGCGGGUUUUUCGCAGCCGUGAACGCGGCGCUGAUUUUCCGACUCAUCGGGAUUUGGCUGAAGGAAGAGGCGACGAUCACGGCGCUGUUUGCCACGUCGUUUGCGGCGAAUUUCCCGUUUGACCCGCAGGAGCUGGUGGUGUUUUCGCUGAUGGGCGUGUUUAGUGGGUUCACGGGGGCCCUGUGGGUCUGGCUGCAUCGGAGGUAUGUCAAGUUUAUACGCAAGUCCAAGAGGAUGAAGAAGUUUUUGGAACGGAAUCGGUUCUUGUAUCCCGCCGUCGUGGCUGUGUGUAUCUCGUCGUUGACGUGUCCGCUGUCGUUGGGGCAGUUUAUGGCCGGGGAAUUGACGACGCAUGGACAGGCGAGUGGCUAG